ACUCCAGUGAGUUGAAGAUGAUUCUCCAAGAGCUAAAGAACAGAGUUGGGAUUCAGUCAGCGAGGUUACUCCGGCAGCUGAAGCAGAAGGACAGGCUUCUGCAUGAAGUACAGACCAACUGUGACAUCGUGACCGCCUGCUUGCAGGCCGUGUCACAGAAGAGAAGGGUUGAUACGAAAUUGAAGUUCACUCUUGAGCCAUCUCUAGGUCAAAAUGGUUUUCAGCAGUGGUAUGAUGCACUCAAAGCCGUUGCCAGACUAUCCACAGGGAUACCAAAGGAAUGGAGAAGAAAGGUCUGGUUGACUUUGGCGGAUCAUUAUUUGCACAGUAUCGCCAUCGACUGGGACAAAACCAUGCGCUUCACUUUCAAUGAAAGGAGUAACCCUGAUGAUGACUCCAUGGGGAUUCAGAUAGUUAAGGACCUCCAUCGGACAGGCUGUAGCUCCUACUGCGGUCAGGAGGCUGAGCAGGACAGGGUGGUGCUGAAGCGGGUGCUGCUGGCCUAUGCUCGGUGGAACAAGAAUGUCGGGUACUGCCAAGGCUUUAACAUCCUGGCUGCGCUCAUCCUGGAAGUGAUGGAGGGCAAUGAAGGGGACGCCCUGAAGAUUAUGAUUUACCUGAUUGAUAAGGUCCUUCCUGAAAGCUAUUUUGUCAAUAAUCUCCGAGCAUUAUCUGUGGAUAUGGCUGUCUUCAGAGAUCUCUUGAGAAUGAAGCUCCCUGAGUUAUCUCAGCACCUGGAUACUCUUCAGAGAACUGCAAACAAAGAAAGUGGAGGCGGAUAUGAACCCCCGCUGACCAACGUCUUCACCAUGCAGUGGUUUCUGACUCUCUUUGCGACCUGCCUCCCGAAUCACACGGUGUUAAAGAUCUGGGACUCCGUCUUCUUCGAAGGUUCGGAAAUCAUCCUGCGGGUGUCUCUGGCCAUCUGGGCAAAACUGGGAGAGCAGAUAGAGUGCUGUGAGACAGCAGAUGAAUUCUACAGCACGAUGGGGCGCCUUACCCAGGAGAUGCUGGAGAACGACCUUCUGCAAAGCCAUGAGCUCAUCCAGACGGUGUAUUCGAUGGCGCCAUUCCCUUUUCCACAGUUGGCAGAGUUGAGGGAAAAGUAUACCUACAACAUUACACCAUUUCCAGCCACCAUGAAAGCCACCUCAGUUUCUGGGCGACACGGUAAGGUCAGAGAUAGCGAUGAAGAGAACGAGCCGGACGACGAAGAUGCGAUUGCGAACGCCGUGGGGUGCCUUGGCCCCUUCAGCGGGCUCCUGGUGCCUGAGCUCCAGAAGUACCAGAAGCAGAUUAAAGAGGCCGAGGAAGACCAGAGUCUGAGGUCCAACAACAUCGCAGAGUUGAGCCCAGGAGCUAUCAACUCCUCUCGCAGCGAGUACCACGCAGCGUUCAACAGCAUGAUGAUGGAGCGCAUGACCACGGACAUCAGCGCCUUGAAGCGCCAGUACUCUCGCAUCAAGAAGAAGCAGCAGCAGCAGGUGCACCAGGUGUACAUCCGGGCAGACAAAGGGCCAGUGACCAGCCUUCUUCCGUCUCAGGUAAACAGUUCUCCAGUGAUAAACCACCUUCUUCUAGGGAAGAAGAUGAAGAUGACAGACAGAGCUGCUAAGAACGCAGUCAUCCACGUCCCCGGCCCCGCGGGAGGCAAGGCGUCUCCUGCCCGCCAGGAGGACCUGAAGACGAAGCUCAACUCUCCGUGGCGAACUCACAUCCGAGUUCACAGAAAGAACAUGCCGAGGACCAAGAGCCUCCUGGGCUGUGGGGACACCGUAGGGCUGAUGGAGGAGCAGAACGAGGGCUGCAAGGCCAGCAGCCUGGGGACGGGCGAGGACUUCUCCUCCAGCUGCGCAGCGACGGCUGAGGGCGAAGGCAGCCACGCUGACGGCACCGCGAGGACAAUCGAAGGCCAGUCCCCCGAGCCCGUGUUUGGGGAGGCUGACGUGGACGUGUCUGCGGUGCAGGUGAAGUUAGAAGCCUUGGAACUGAACCGGAGGGAUGCCCCUGCUGAAAGUGGACCCAAGGUGCACCCGCUCUGCCAGCAGCGUGUGCCAGAGCCGUGCGGAACCCCCGGAGCAAGUAAAGCUGCCAGCAGGCUUCCCCACGACAGCCACUCCAAAGCACCCGCCUUCAGCCCUUUCCCUAGCGUCAAGCCGCUGCGGAAGUCAGCCGCGGCCAGGAACUUGGGCCUCUACGGUCCCACAGAGAGAACCCCGACCGUGCGCUUCCCGCAGAUGAGCAGGGGCUUCGGCAAACCCAGCAGCGGGAGCAGUGGCACUAAGAAACGAUGAUGACGGCGUCUCCCAGCGACGGUGCAUCUGGCCUCACCGCGGCAGGAUGGCCCAGGCAUCUCGCUGCACCCUUCCCGCUUUGUCCAAUGCAAAUGAGUAGAGGUUCGGAGCAGCCCUUUGAAACAGGAGUUGGAAGUUCAAUGCUGGGGGCUCGAAGAGAGAUGUUUUCACGUCCACGUGAUAAAAUGGAUUCCUGGCUUAUUUUUGUCCAGGAAAAAUAAAUAUUGUGGUUUUCAAGUGUGAAGUUGUCCCAAUUUUUCCUUGUGAAAUAUUUAGAAAAGGUUCUCUCUAGACUGUUACGUGCUCCUCUGUGCUUCUGUUCUGAGCGCCUUUCAGGACCCCGGGAGAACACCUCCCAGACCUCCUAGUUCUCUGGUAUUACUACUGCUUAGGCAUACGCACACCAGCCUGCUUUAAGAGGAACUGUAAAAAGAGAGUAAGUUUCUUACAUGCAAAAAAUUCCUGAUCUUUUCCUGCUCUGCUGGUGGGGGGAUUGUUUGCAUGCGUGAAUUUUCCCUCCGUACCUAUCACCAGAUUGAUUUUUAUUCUUAUGCUAAAAGGUAGGUGAAAAAAAAUCAGGGUAGCUUUUUAAAAACUUUCUCUUUCUACCUGCAAAAUGAAGAAAACCUUUCGACUGUUGAAAUUUAGGUUGAUAACCAAAUUGAAGAUCAUAUACAGGGAGCAUAAAUGGGAUAUGCAUUAAAUAGUUCCCCUGGACUGCUUGCUAAUUCCACUAAGCUUUUCCCGAGGUUCAUUUCUACCCGCAAGGAGAACGUUGGUCCUCAGUGCUACAGAUGACUUGAUAGGCUCUGCAUAGAACUCGUGUCCUCAGCCAUGCAGCUCAUUUACCUACCAGCUCUCUACAGCAGAUGCACACGGCCUCUGCCCAAAAGCCAGAACACAGCACUGCGACUCUGUUACUUGAAUUUUGUGCUUUUUGAUGGGAUUACUUUGUUACUUGAACACUGCCUUUCUCCGGAGAAGGCGCUGUGCUUUCUCACUCGCUCUCACCCACUCCACUCCUGUCCUGGUCCCCGUGGGUCAGAGAUAGCACCUCUUGUCUCCACUAUGCAAUUGGGAACUCUCAGCCACACAGAGGCAAAGUAGCACUUGAGUUACUCAAGGUAAGCACCCCCUGUAUUCCGUGUGACUUAGCCACGUCUCCUCCAGUGCAAUAGACAGGUCUAUUGCUCUUUGUACGCAGAUGCAUGGGCUACAGAGCUUGUACAAACCAAGACUGGGAAGCCAUACACCACGCCCCACCCCCCUUGACUUUCAAAGGAUCUUUCUCCUAUGACAGCAUUUCACAAAGCCAGCUCUGACCUCCUUGUCCUGAAAGGGUAGUUCAUUUUAAAACUGCUUCAUGCACCUGUCAUUUCGCUGAAGAAAAGGCUCACUCCUCAACCCUCCUCUUCCCACCAUCACUGGAGUAGAUUCACAUCUUUAUCUUCAUCUCUAGAAGACCUUUGCAAUACUUACCGGAAUAUGGUCAGUGCAGUCACUACUAAUUUGAACUAAUCGAUUUGUUAAUUUUGAAGCCAAAGCUAUCGCGUUAGAAGGGACUUUUACUAUGGGGGACAGCCAUUUUUUAAAUAGUAAAGCAGAAUGUGGUUGUGUGGGCUUUUUUUCUUUUUUUGAGCAGAAAACAGAAGAAUGGCCUAUACACUGAGAAAAGCCAUGUAAUCCUCUUUGUGACAUUUUCACCCCCAAAGGAGCGGAAGAUGGAAGGUAUGACUUUAUCAGUCACUGCGGGUUGGGCCUUGAGUUCCGCACUAUCUGAAGUUAGCGUGCAGCUUCUCCACAAGCAGCCACACCCGCAGCCUGCUUUUUGGGAAGGGUGUAGGAGGGAGGACUGGGCUCGCUUUUCAUACCACCCCCCAAGAUGAGACCUACAGCAUUUUCCAAAGCUAAGCAAAUGACGGGAUUUUCUUCCAUCUGCUAAACUUCAGGCUAAGAAUGAGCCCACCUCAUAAUCGCACCCUCUGUCUCAUCCUAAGUGAGUCAGACCAGUCAUGUUCCCCUGGAGUUUUGUUCUUCCCUCUCAGGAGGCAGCUCGCUGGCUCCCUGAGGGUCUGAGCUUGGGAGGUGGGUAGUGAGACGGAGCUGUGUAUCGCUGUCUUAGUGUCGGCACCAUGUUCUGCACCGUCAGUGUUUCUUUUCAUCUGUCCCCCAGUGUAGGUCUUCCUGGGAUAGGGGUGGAUGGGAUGGCGUGUGGUUUGGAAUAAGUAAGAACUGGUUGAAUAAUUGAACAACUGAAAAAGAUAAAAGUCCUUUGAAGACAAAAGUGGCUUUGUCAGAAUUUUAAAACUCCAGCUAAUUCCUGUUAAGACAGUCUGUACCAAUAACGCAUGCAUUGUACCAAGUAAUCAGUGUGAAUCGAUCAAAUUUUGAGCCUUGCCUACUUUACAAAAUAGAGCAAUGUGAGUAGCAUCUACCACAUAGCAUGUACAAAGACCAGUAUGGACUUGCUGUCUUCCCUAUGUAUCGGACACUGUAUGCAAACACCAGAAGUACUUAACAAGUAGCAGUUUAUUUCUAGAUAUGUCUGUAUCAGCACUUUUUUUGAGAGUCAACUCUGCACCUCAAUCCUCUUUUAAAAGCCUCUAGAUAAUCUAAACCUAGUUUGUAAUGUUGACCAAUGAGCUGUAACUGUUUGAAACAUUGUAUUCCCUUUUUUUGGUGUGUGUGUGUGUCACUGUUUUGAAAAAUUGUACUGAAUACAAAGAUAUAUGCAUAAAGAUU